AUGAUUAUUCCCAUCCGUUGUUUUUCUUGCGGAAAAGUCGUGGGUGACAAGUGGGAGACAUACUUGACGUUGUUACAGGAUGAGACUUUGACGGAAGGUGAUGCUUUGGACCAGCUCAAGUUGAAGAGAUACUGCUGUCGUCGUAUGGUGUUGACCCAUGUUGAUUUGAUUGAGAAGUUCUUGAGAUACAAUCCUUUGGAGAAGAAGGACAUUAAUUAG